AUGUCCUCUGCUGGGUUCAUGUAUGACAUUUCGUCUUGCCGUGCUCAGUUUGAAGGGCCUAUUACAUCCACCGCACUUACUGUCGCAGAGACUGUCUUCCGCGUCGCUCUGACCUUCAUCCCUCUCGCAUCCCUUUCGAAAUUCCGCUCACGCAAAGUGCUGGAAAAGAUCGAGAAGAUGCGACAAGCUGGUCGCGGCAAAGAUAUGGACCUCGAUGGCAAAGCACGCAGGGCCAUCACAUAUUUGAAGAGAGCUCGGAAGAUCACCCGAAUACUGCUCCUUAUCCCAGGCGUGGUUGUAGCAUUUACUCUCCUCGCAGGUAUUGAACGAACGCCGUUGACUGGCAGAUGGAGAUUCAUUCUACUCUCCCCUUGGGAAGAGGAUGACAUAGCCUUCCAACUGGCCGGCACUGGGUGGUAUGCCGCCGUCGGCGAGAUUCUCGCCUCUGGCGGGGACACGCCCAAGCUCAUCGACCCCUCCGACUGGCGUUACCGCUGGGUCCAACAGACGCUACGCCGCCUCGAGGGUGUCAUCCCCGUCCUCCAGGCCGAGAAAGAGCUCCGGCCAGACUGGAUCGAAGGCGCGACUGAGGUGCCCCUUCCGCCGCCGUCCGACUAUCCACUCCGGCCGCGCCUCCGAGAGUCAGACUAUAUUGGAAGGAUGGCGGAGGCGACAAAUUUGCGUUCGGCUGAGGAGGUUGUGCUGGGGCCGCCGUAUUCGCUGCUGGUCGUCGACAGGCCCGAGUCGUCCAACGCGUUUUCGUAUGGGUUCGGCCCCGACGGCGCCGCGGGCAUCGUGGUGUACUCUGGCUUCCUCGACGACAUCAUGGCGAAGUGUCCUGCGGAGAGCGUUGUCUCCCCGGAAUUAACAUCUACGGAAGAGGUUUCUUGGUGGUCUGCCAUUUUUGGCGGCCUCCUCAAUGCCCAACCUUUACCAUCACGGCCUACUCCUUCGGAGGAACAGACGUCCGAGCUCGCCAUCCUCCUCGCGCACGAGGUUGCACACCUGCUGCUCUCACACCACAUCGAGACACUUUCGAUCGGGUCCAUCGUCGGGCCGAGCCUCGUGACUAUCACUACGGACGUCAUCAGGACGUUCAUGUUCCCUUUCACCAUGCUCUUCGGUCCUUUUAUCAAUGACGCCAUCUCCGGCGUAUGGAAAACAAGCAGCGUCGAGUUCGCCAAAUUCUCUGGGAUAUGCACAAGCCACGAGCAAGAGAUCGAGGCGGACAUCGUCUCCGCCCGACUGCUCGCACACGCGGGCUUCGACCCGCGGCACGCCGUGCGCUUCUGGGAGAACCGCUCGGAGAGCGCACACAACGCCGAGUGCGCGCACGCGCCGAAGGACGAGGUGGUCGAGGAACGCACGGGCAUCGGCAAGGUCCUCCCGCACCGCUGGGCGGGGUCGGCGCACCCGCUCAACGUCGAGCGCGUGCGGAAGCUGAAGCAGGAGCUGGAGCGGUGGGAGGAGGAGCGGCGCCGCGCGCGGGAGGCAAGCGCUGCACCCGCGCCGGGGUGGCGGAGGCCGUGGGCGUUGCUGCUGUAG